AUGGACGCUCCGUCUAGGCAGUGGCCAGGUGAGCGUCAGCCAUCUCGAUGGGAUGUGCAUGAUGCCAAUGAGAGCCCCCCUUCCACGUUUCUCGAUCGCUAUCGAGCGGCUUUACUUCUCAGCGAAGGCGCCGAAGAAGCACUCCUGGAGCCUGAUGCUCUCAUAGACGACUACGAAAGCUUCCAUUCAUCGCCUGCGUCACCUACCCAGUAUACGUACCCAAUGGCAUUACUGUCAAGCGUGCCAGAGCUUCCGAGCGAACACGACUUGUCGAGACUACAGGAUGCCUUCUGUGCUACCUUCCAGCGACACAUCUUUGUGAGAGCCAUCGAAUUGGGAAACUCGUCGCCUGUUCUUCCGCCAUACCUCCAGCUCGCAAUGGCCGCCAUCUCAUCGGUCACAUCUGCGAUCACAGUCAGCUAUCUCUCUGGAACAUACAAGCCCAUGACCGAGACUUCUUUGGAUCUAUUUGUUGCUGGUACGAGUGUAUGGUCUGUUAUGCUGGAGACCGACAAUCGUGAGGCUAGGCUGCUUGAGGCAGUUAUAGCUGCUGCUCUUCUGAUCACAUACGGUACGCUUUCUGCAAAUGGGGACGAGUAUAGGCGGGCUACGGUGCUUCUAUCUCAAGUGAUCACGAUCACUAGACGGCUAAAAUUGACCGACAACUACACCAUGCCCUCUGCUUCCAAGGAGGCUUCGGACAAAGAGAUUGGCACGAAAAGGUUUGAGCAUCGCUUUUGA